ACUGUUGCAGGCCUUCCUGACGAUCGACCGACCUGAGGCUGCCGUCGAGCAACUAGAAUGGUACGGCACCCACUGCGGCGACUACGGUGGUAGACUCACCACUGAGCUGUUUGAGCAGACUUGCGCUGUAUUGCCAGAUGACUCUCCUCUGUUGGAUAGAGUGCUUGUUAUCAUGGACCUUUGUCCACCUGUUGAGUCCCAGGGGUAUAUCGGUGGAUUGGGAGCAGGGACCAAGCCUACAGUCAAGGGAACAAAGCAUCGGAAACAGCAAAACCGGUCUAAACGGACGUCGCAGGAGCAUAGUUCGGUACUCAGCAGGAAAAAGAGUGAUAUCAAAUCCAUGGUGGACUGAGCAAUUUGUAUUAAACACAACUCAACACUUCACGCUGAGAAAAUUUGUGUACAUCUUCUGUUGCAUUGCGGAAAUCGUUCAACUGGAUGUGUCUUGUCAAUAAAACACAACUGUGAGAUGCAGAAUAGACAAGUAUAUCAAGUGUAUGACAUCGCUUGAACGCACAAUGUCUGAUCAAUAAAACACAACUGUGUGAUUCGAAACGGUUAAGUAUAUAUUAUCCAGUGAAUGGACUCAAUAUAUUAGAAACGGAUAAGUAUUCUGUCACAUAAAUGAUAGAUUGUACACAACGCUCCACAUCACCAUGCAUGAGCUAUUUAGAGUAGGAACGAAGGGCUACUACUAA